UCACUGGAAGAUUUACACAGGACUCAAGACAUAUCAGUGUUCUAAAUGUAGUAAGUGUUUUGGAACCUCUUCAACAUUGAGGACCUCAGAGGACAACAAGAGAGAAGUCAUUUCAGUGUUCUGGAAGUGACAAUGGCUUUACAAUAAAGUCCAACCCAUGUAUAUAUAAGAGAAGUCAUUUCAGAAGAUAUUUCUUGUUUGGAGUGUAAUAAAGGUUUUACUAUGGAGGCAAAACAUAUCACACACCAGAAGGUUCACACUGGAAAGAAGCCAUAUCAAUGUUCUGAAUGUGAUAAAACUUUUACACAGAAGGGUAAUCUUAUCAGACACCAGAUGACUCACACUGGAGAGAAGCCAUAUCGGUGUUCUGAAUGUGACAAAGCUUUUACAUCAAAGAGAGAGCUUAUCACACACCAGAUAAUUCACACUGGAAAGAAGCCAUAUGAGUGUUCUGAAUGUAGCAAAGCUUUUACAACAAAGAGAGAGCUUAUCAGACACCAGAGGGUUCACACUGGAGAGAAGCCGUAUCAGUGUUCUAAAUGUAACAAAGCUUUUACAGACAAGAACGGGCUUAACAGACAUCAGAAAAUACACAUUGAAGAGAAACCAUAUGAGUGUUCUGAAUGUGAUAACGUUUUUAAACAGAAGUCAUAUCUUAUCAAACACCAGAAGAUUCACACUGGAGAGAAGCUGUAUCAGUGUUCUGAAUGUGAUAAAAUGUUUACACAGAAGUGUAAUCUAAUCGCACACCAGAUGACUCACACUGGAGAGAAGCCAUAUCAGCGUUCAGAAUGUGACAAAGCUUUUACAUCGAAGUCAAAUCUUAUCACACACCAGAUAAGUCACACUGGAAAGAAGCCAUAUGAGUGUUCUGAAUGUGGCAAAGCUUUUACAACAAAGAGAGAGCUUAUCACACACCAGAGGGUUCACACUGGAGAGAAGCCGUAUCAGUGUUCUGAAUGUAACAAAGCUUAUAAAACAAAGUCAAACCUUUUCAUUCACCAGAUGAAUCACACUGGAAAGAAGCGGUAUGAGUGUUCUGAAUGUAAAAAAGCUUUUGCAGAGAAGAGAGAACUUAUCAGACACCAGAUGACUCACACUGGAGAGAGGCCCUAUGAGUGUUCUGAAUGUGACAAAGCUUAUACAGACAAGAGAGGGCUUAACAGACAUCAGAAAAUGCACAUUGAAGAGAAGCCAUAUGAGUGUUCUGAAUGUGACAAAGCUUUUACACAGAAGUCAACCCUUAUCAGACACCAGAAGAUUCACACUGGAGAGAAGCUGUAUCAGUGUUCUGAUUGUGAUAAAGCUUUUACAGAGAAGGAAACCCUUUUCCAACACACAAGGGUCCACACCAGAGAGAAGCCAUUUGAAUGUUCUGAAUGUGGAAAAGCUUUUGCAUGGAAGUCAUAUCUUAUCACACACCAGAGGAUUCACACUGGAGAGAAGCUGUAUCAGUGUUCAGAAUGUGAAAAAGCUUUUACAGAGAAGACAAGCCUUAUCAUACACCAGAGGGAGGUUUGUGAUACAAUUAAACGGAUCACUGAAACGUCCAUGGAAUUGUCUGCCGGGUGCUGCCUGUUACACUUGUCCUCUUUCUCGCUUCCUCGCUACAAGAAUUCAUUGACUAAGCACUUGCUGAAUGCAGCUAAGUCUCUCAUCCCCCUCUACUGGCUAUACACCAGGGUGCCUACGGCCAGAGAAUGGCUUCGCAGGGUGGCGGAGGUCUGCGAGAUGGAGGACACACUGGCUGAAGACAGGGGGACGGCCGAGAAAUUUCUUGAGACCUGGCGGCCAUGGUCAGCUUUUAGGUUUUCGCAGGAUUAUGAGUCUAUGAUGAAAUGA